CCGUGGUGCGCUCAAAAGAAGCACGUCGCGAGCGGACGGCUUCUGCUCCCGUGGCGCGUGUCACGCAUAGAAGAAACUUCGAUUCUGACUCUCCGGCCUUCCCCAUGGAAAUUGCCGGCGCAAACCUCACAGAAGUCGUGCGCUCGCUGAGGCUGCUCAAGAUCGAGGGGUACAGCAUGAUCCAUGACAUGAGCAGUGACGAUUACUUCAAAUACAAGUGGAUUUUCGACGGGUACGAGUGGGAAAUCCGUGUAUAUCCAAGCGUCCUGAAUUCCACGGGUUUGGACUGGUUCGUUGGAGUGCGUCUUAUCUUUCUUAGUGAACCCCGGGGGCGCGCCGUGAGGACUACUCUACGCUGUGGCUUGGUUGGUCCGAGGCGAGUGCUAUGCAAUGAACGUCAUGAUACAAUAAUAUUCAGGAAGCCCCAAGAUAGCUCAGCAAAAAUUGCGCUAACCGGAGAGGGCUAUAUCGAUGAUGACGAUGAUUCUUUUAGUGUGCAAUGCAUCAUUGAGGUUUUCAAGGAACUACCGGAUAUCCCAGCAGCCUCGUUCAAAGAACUGCAUCUACCGUCGUCUAACUUGCAUCAGCAUUUCGCUCAACUCCUCCAGAGCCCUGAACGUUAG